AUGGCAUCGCGAUUACAUUUGGGAAAGGGUAUCAAGCACAUCUUGCAUCCAUUGGUCAAUCCUGUAGCUCCAUAUGUCACAUACGAUUCUCGAGGUAUAAUAAUCAACGGCACCCGUGAGCUGCUUCUAGUAGGGUCUAUACACUACCCUCGAUCAUCACCAGGGAUGUGGUCGCAUCUCAUUCGACAAGCUAGAUCUGCUGGCUUGAACGCUAUAGACACAUAUGUGUUUUGGUCAAUGCACGAACCAGAAGAAGGUGUAUGGGAGUUUGAAAAGGAUCGAGCCAAUUUGAUUGGCUUUAUACAGCUUGUGAAGCAAGAAGGAAUGCAUCUAGUGUUACGGAUUGGUCCGUAUGUGUGUGCAGAAUACAAUCUUGGGGGGAUGCCUGCUUGGCUGUUGGAAAAGCCUGGGAUACGUAUGAGAAGGCUGAAUAAACCAUUUAUGGAUUCCAUGGAAACCUUUGUCAGGAAAGUGGUUGAUGUUACUCGGCCUUACCUCUACACAAAUGGCGGUCCAAUAAUAUUGCUUCAAAUGGAGAAUGAAUACAAUCACUGGCAAUUCAUGAACUUUUUCCAUGGAGGAUUUGAAUACAUCAAUUGGGCAGCUCAUCUCACGUCCAGUUUGAACGUGUCAGUGCCCUGGAUUAUGUGCGAACAAGGAGACACUGCUACAGUAAUAAAUACUUGCAAUGGAUUUUAUUGUCAUGAUCGUAUUCAUACGUUCCGAUGGGCUUUCCCGAAUCAACCUAGCCUCUUCACAGAGCUCUGGACUGGCUGGUUUCAGCUCUGGGGUGAAGCAACGCCUACUCGUCCAGCUGAGGACUUGGCGGUCGCAGUAUUGAAUUGGGUUGCAGCUGGAGGCAGUCUAGUUACAUAUUACAUGUGGCAGGGAGGCACCAAUUUUGAUCGAUCUAGUGGUGGUCCGCUGCUCACCACCUCAUACGACUACGAUGCACCUGUAACCGAGUAUGGGUUCCCGCACGAACGGAAGUUUGAUCAUCUGAAAACAAUGCAUGGUAUACUGCGUGAAUACAAGGAUGUAAUCAUGUCGUGGGAGAAACCCGAGUCAAUCCUUGAAUUUGGAUUGAAUGGAGCUGGUGGGAACGUGCUGGCAUACGGCGACGUUGAUAAGGACGACAGAGCUAUCUUGUUCACGUUUAACAGAGCACGGCAACAAGUGAUAGCUUUUAAAACACCGCUGUCUGUUUUUAAUGUGCCAAGAUGGUCGGUAUCUAUAUCCGUGAAGACUAAAGGUGUCAAUGGCAAAUCCAACUUUACCGAAGUAUUCAACACUGCCAAAGUCACUCCACGUCUUCGAACUUCGAAUAGUCUCGUCGUACGCAACACCGUUUUCCAUGCCUUCACCAAACCCAUAUCGCCGUCAACCAUACAGUAUCUUGCUGAACCUGUUGGAACACAGCUGUUGUCUGAUCAGACUGUUGUAAAAACGACCCAUCAUGGAUUUCCCCCUCAAUUGAAACUCACAAAGGAUAAGACAGAUUAUUUGUGGGCAGUAUGUGAUGAUGUAGCUCUCCCUUCUGUAAAAGGCAACCCAGCCAUGAUAUCAAUGACUUUCUCACAUCCACCACGAGAAAUCACUCAUGUAUAUAUGGACGACAUUCUAAUUGGUAUAUUAACCGAUAAAGAUAAGCCCGAGCUGAAAUUCGAUGUUGCCCCGUUUAUAGCAAAGGGCGGCAACCACAGUCUCUCGUUCUUAACUGUCAGUAUGGGUUUACCCCAUUACACAUGGCACCCAGAAUCUGCUCAAAAAGGAAUAAGUGGACAUGUAAUUCUGUCUGGAGCAGACAUCACUGUCUGUAAAUGGCAGUUUAUCGCCGGGCUGAAGGGUGAAGCUGUAAUCCCCGCCAAUGUAAAAAAGCAAACGUGGAAACCACUACCGUCAGUCGUACCUCCAUUAUCAUGGCUACGACUCUCAUUCCCAUUGUCUCAGUUAAACGAUAAGAAGAUUACAGGAUUUAAAUCAUAUACUCUCAAGCUCAGUAGUCUUGGUAAAGGCAUUGCUUUCGUCAAUGGACAUGCGAUAGGGAGGUAUUGGAAUAUAACAGGAGGUGUAAAUAAGAAGUGUCCUACUGCGGCUGAAGGGGUGUCUUGCAAGUACAAUGAUGAGUUUGGAACUGAGGCGUGUCGUGUUGGAUGUGGAGAGCCUAGUCAGGCAUAUUACCAUGUUCCAGCGGAUUGGCUGAAUGAUGUGCCAUGGGGCUCUAGUACUGCUGAAAUUGUCUUGUUGAAUGAGAUGGGCGGUAGUAGCACGGAUGUUGCUGAUGUUCAUUUGAUUGGAAUUCAUGAGGGAUUGUAA